CAAGUUUGUGCAAUAUCAGUCGUGACUUGCCAUACGCUUUGUUAACAAUGCCUGGUUUCAUAUACGUCCAUUGCCCUGCAGAACAGAUCUCAUUUCCUUUUCAACCCAGCAUUUCCCAGAGACAAUCUCUACCUUUAUUCCAUAAAAAUUCUACCCCAAGAUAUCUUUACAGACUCGUUGCUCCUCAAGCUCCAGGAACAAGCCCACCUUCCAAUUCUGCACCCUUUGCUGUAUGUCGACAUCCUCCCGACCUAUUCCAGUUCCCACCCAAGAAAGCCGCCAACCUCUUACUCAACCAUCUCCUCUGGCAACGAGGGGCCGAAGAUGGAUGCAACCUCUUGAGCUGGACGAGUUCCCUGCUCUUCGCCCUGCAAUAUGCUCUCUACCGACACCGCAAGGACGGCGAUGACCUCAGACAUAUCACUCUAAUCAUCAUAGACACCAGCCUCUUCCCGCAGGGAACUUUCAUACAGGAUAUGGAAGUUAUGAAGUUAUUCGAGCACGCUGAUACCCGCCUCCACAAGUUCGUCGAAUACCGAGAGACGGAGUAUUACUUCGGCGAGUACCUUACGCAAGGCCCACUAAACAUCCAAGGACGCUGUGUCUUUGCAUCUGUCCAGCAAAUGAUCGAUCUCGGGCUUUUCACUCUGCAGCCUGGCCUGGCCGACGUAGAGCAGUGGCAGUGCUGGCCCAAGAGAGUUCUCGACUACCGCCAGCUCUUUGCGGACAAGAAGCAGGUGGCGACGAGAAAGGGAGACGUCACAACGGCAUUUGAUAUUGCGAGACACUGCUUUGGGGGUCCCUGGACGGUCCCUGGUGCGAUUAUGCUCCUUUCUUUGCAGCCACGAUACAAGGAUGACAGAGUCAUCGCGGACGGAUUUAAGGCGCAGUUUACAGCCGCGGAAAUCAAGGAGGCAGCUUUGCACAAGGUGGAGACGCACACGACGCGGCUCCCUGAGGUUGGGCAGUUUCGCGAUCUUGUGGAGUUUAUCAAACGCAGCUACGGGCUUUCCGAAUACGAUACGGUGGUGAACGGCGUAAAGGACCUCUCUGUCAGUGAGCAGAGCGACUGAUGCCUUAAGACGCCAUAUGAUUACCCGACGUGGAGAUAUGGAGGCUUUUGCCCUUUUCCUUUUCCAUACGAGGUGUGGAGAGGGUGGUGGAAAUAGUUUCCUUGGAGUUCUUGCUUUUUCCGCGCUUUCGGUUCUUGCAUUGGAGGAUUUUACGCCUAAUGGGCCAGUAGAAUGUCUUGAGACAAAGGAUAUUUCGGGAUUCUUAUGUGGAAACGAUUAAAUAUGUACUGUAUACUCAAUAAUCCCUUGAGUUUCGUACUGCCUUGUCUUUUCUUUACUGAGGAUAUUCGUAUACCCGACGUAUCCGGCUGACAUGGUCAAGGCUUCCAUCGCUGACGUUGCGCCGCGUGACCUUCUAACUCCGAGUUCAGCUCCCUGAUCAAAGGUCUUACCACACUUGCAUUUAUUCUUCUCUUUCCUUCUGUUACUCUCACCCGCGAAACCACGUUGUUCCUGGCUCCCCGGGUGUCAGGAGACCAUGACUCAAGCUUAGGGCUCACUCUCGAGGUAGCGAGGAACUGCAACCCUCGCCGAAGUCCCCCUCAAUUCAACCACGACCUCAAACGGCGAGACCCUUGGGCAGUGGUAAUGUUAGGCAGCCGCGGGUGUGCUGGCAAGACUUGACUUCCAGAUGCGCGCAGCGUAUCGCUUAUUGCUACUUACCCCACUGCAUCAGUGUCGAACGGUACGAACCCGUGGGGUGAGACAUCAUCCAACUGUGACUUGGUCUAUUUCACCCUCUCAUUCACCCUUGGAGUAUCUCGAAACUUUCAAAGGCAUAUUUCCCCACGGCUUUUACACCGCAGCGGAAAUCGGCGCCCACUGUGGGGUUCGGAGGAGAGAGAUGCGAGAGUCCUGGGUGCCCAGAGUGGGCGGUGGCUGUGUCGGAAACCCAAGAUUGGGAGACCGAAUGGGUGACUGACGGCUUUUGGAAACAUGUGUCCUUUUCCUGGUGAGAAAUAUCGUGAGAUCAACAUUCAGCUCGCUUGUGCGCACUCGAGAUUAUGUUCUUGGAUUAUGCGGCAUUUCCUGAUGCUCAAUCACGGCGUGUCCGGGCAUCUUGCCACUAAGCUGACCGGGCAAUGCUACCGCAAUCGCCACAGCAACACACAAGAAUCAACAGCCUGGAGUCGCCGACCACAGACGACGACCUCAAUUUCGGCUCCACGGAUGCCUACGCUUAUUAGAACCUGCUUGCUCAGCGGGACGGCGCCCGGAAGUCCCCGUGGCAUGGCAUCAUGUGUGCAUGCCACACUCUGUACUCUGUCCCGGACCAGGAAGGGGUUUGUACGGAAUACAACCCCAGAAGUCUCUUGCAAAUUAUUUCUCUACCUGAUGAUGAUGAGCUGACCGGCCAUGCGUUCCUAGUCCGCGGGUAUCCGGCGACCCCCUUGCCUGCGCUCUACACCGCUACCUCUCCGGUCACCGGGAUCAUGCAUUAGUCCGCAGCUUCCAUCGCGAGCCUCCGACCAAUUCUAGAGAGCCCAGAUAAAUGCACAGGAAUGCUGGAAAUGGGGCUCAGUGCUUCAUAGGCUGCUUGGAAUCCGUGCUGGACUAAGGAAGACUGGAAACACCGGAUGCAUUCCAUGUGGAUGGUUGCCAAAAAGCCAACGAUGUGGGACGAUUGCCCGCUUGCGCUAUAAUAUGAGUUCUCAUCGAAGCUGAAUCGGUCUUGCGUUACUGUUGUCUUGGUUACGGCACCAGGAUGGUUCACCCUCGUCCGCCGUGUCACAUGCCCCAGGUUGACUAGAGCCUGGUAUUGAUCACGGUAACAAAGCCGGACUGCCCGCCCCUAGAACUUUCUACAGUCUAUCCGUGGCUGCGAAGCUUUGAAGGUCGGGAUUGAAUGUAUUUUCGAUUCGGUCGUGGUCUGACUUUCUUUCGCCACAAAGGCUGUGUUCACGGCGUAACCUAGAAGCGCGCAGUCUCAUAACAGAUGAAAGUCUAGGUAGCAUGGUCCGACAACCCCUUCAAGAGAAAGGAAUGCACCUAUUUUGCGCCUUUUUCGUGGAUCAAUGUGUGAGGGCACAUUAGAGCAAUGACGCCGAGUCCAGCUGGACAACCUAAGAUUCCCUGCUUAGGUUUUUCUAGUUUUCGAAGACAGGGUAUUCUUGCCUAGUUCAUGAAUGAGAGGGGAUCAACGCCAUUCGUGUUUAUAUGGAAUGGCUUAGGUACUACAGAACCUCAUCUUCAAGAAGAAAGGGGCUAUGAAGCUUGCUUUAGUUUCUGCGUACGCAGAAACACAUGGAGGAAUUCCCAUGUUGCUUUACUAUAGUUCCUGCAGAGUCGAGUUGAAAGCGUCCUGCCUGGAUUCUAUAGGCUUUACUAACUUCAGAACCGCCUAUGAUGGUAUUUUGUGGUCUCGUCAAUCCGCCCGGCAGCGACCGUAAGUGCCCGCUCUAUCUAGGCCUCACUGUCUACGGCAUUGUUAUUAUAAAUUACCAUGUGCCUGCAGUAGUCCCACAAGCCAUUUCCACAUGGAGAACGAUCCGCAUAUCUUCUUCAUCUUGUGGUUCAGGGCG